AUGCUGAGUCGUGCCGUGCUGCCUCUCGCCAGGCGAAACGCCUUCGCCUCGACCGUCCGGGUGUCCGCUCUAUCAGCCCAGCGUCCCAGGUGGUACGCCAAGGGCAAGACCAACACUCCCUACACGCUCCCAGGGUCUUUGCAGGGCAAGGAUACUCAGCGAAAAGAGCCUAAGGUCACAAAAAACACAGCUGCUUCCCAACAAUCCGACGCCGAGACACAGGGCACGCCUCAAACCGAAACGCCUGAGUCAACGACAGUUGAUGAAUCCGAACCAAUCCCCCACAAGCCUCUUCCGGAUUUGACGCAAGGUAUUCCGUCAACGUUGGCAGCAGAGCUCGAGGCACGCCAGAGGAAAGGUUCGCUGAAUAUCACCGAGGACCACACCCGCACGGAGGACUACAGUGAAGAUGGUAGUGGUCGCGGCGGUGGUGAUAUUCCCAAGAGUGGUUAUGAGACCUCUCUCGAUCGCCGCAAGGCCCGCAUGGCCAACAUCAUGUACGCUAUAAUGCUGGCUGCGGGUAUUGCCGGAAUGGGCUACCUGGGUCGCAACUGGGAGACCGAGGAGGAGGAGCGCGCCCACACAGAAACUCCUUCUGGAUGGAGCCCUGGUCUCUGGUGGGGUCGUAUCAAGGCUCGCACUGGAGACUUGACGAGCUACUACAAGGACCCGGCUUUUCCUAAGCUGCUUCCUGAUGAGGACCCUACGAUGCGCCAACCAUACACCCUGGUCCUUUCUCUGGAGGACUUACUCGUGCACAGUGAAUGGAGCAGAGAGCACGGGUGGCGCGUUGCUAAACGUCCCGGUGUUGACUACUUCCUUCGAUACCUCAAUCAGUACUACGAGCUCGUUCUGUUCACCAGCGUUCCCAGCAUGAUGGCCGACCAGGUGCUUCGCAAACUUGACCCAUACCGUAUCAUUCGCUGGCCUCUUUUCCGUGAGGCUACCCGCUACAAGGACGGAGAGUAUAUCAAGGACCUGUCAUACUUGAAUCGUGACCUUUCUAAGGUCAUCCUGAUCGACACCAAAGAAGAGCACGCCCGCUUACAACCCGAGAACUCCAUCAUCUUGGAUAAGUGGACCGGAGACUCCAAGGACAAGACCCUUGUGGCCCUCAUUCCUUUCCUCGAAUAUCUUGCUGGUAUGGGUGUGGAGGAUGUUCGCACCGUCCUCAAGUCCUUUGAGGGUACCAACAUCCCUGUUGAGUUCGCCAAGCGUGAGAAGGCCAUGCGCGAGCGCUUCGAGAAGCAGCUCGAGGAGGAGCAGAAAAAGAAGCCUUCAAUUGGCAUGGGGAGCCUUGCUUCCGCUCUCGGUUUGAAGUCCAGCCGGACCUUGGAUGGCGAGCCAUCGCCCAUUGAGGGUCUCGCCCAGGGUAAGAUGGUCUGGGACCAGAUUCGUGAGCGCGGCCAGAAGAACUACGAGAUGAUUGAUCGCGAGAUUCGCGAAAAUGGUGAGAAAUGGUUGGCCGAGAUGGCUGCUGAAGAGGAGAAGGCUCGUCAGGAGCAAAUGAACAGCAUGAAGGGCUCCUUCACGGGCAUGUUUGGAAUGGGCUCUAGCAAGGAGUAA